GGCCCUCAUCUUGCUGCUAUGAGCGAUACAGUCGUGGUCUCGACGCGCGCUGAGCCAUGGCUACCUCAGGAACUCAUGGAGCAUAUCCUUGAAGAGCUAUACGCCUCGGACGACAAGGCAUCGCUCAAGAACAUGGCGCUGGCGCACCGUUCGCUGGUGUCAUCCUGCCAGAAGUAUAUCUUCAACGAAGUCCAGCUCUCCGAGGUCAACACGAACUCCGUCUUCAGCUCCAAGAAGACGCUCGUCAGAAAGCUCUACAACACCCUUGAAGAGUUCGCUCACCUCAGCGACCACAUCCGCGUCCUGCAUCUCGAGGAGUUCUGGGACUACGACAGCAGCCUCACCUGGUACAGCUGGAUGUACGAGGACAAGGCGCUGCCAGAGGUGCUGCGUCAGGUCUCCAACCUGGAGGCCUUGUACUUCCAACCGCACUAUAUGCUGUCGUUCGCCGGCAUGUCGCAAGCGCUGGAGAGCGCAAUAGCGGAGACCUGCGCGCUGCCGACGCUCACCACCCUGUCGAUGUUCAGCAUUCGGGGCCUGCCGCUCAGCAUCGUGGAGGAUGUGUCGCCAUCUCUGCGCUACCUGCGCCUUUGGAGCGUGACAUGCACACACAUCGGCACCAACCAGCCUACAACAAGGGCCACCGUUCCCGUGCAUCUCAAGCACCUAGCCCUACGAGUGGACGAUGAUACCUUUUCGCGCCUCCUGGAGCGGGCAUUGUCGCACAAGUCCCCGAUCCACCUCGACAGACUGCAAAACCUCACUAUUUGCAUGACCCACGGUUCGUCCUACGAGGUUGCAACGCGAUUGCUCGAAGCGUGCCGCGACACCUUGCAGACCCUCGAAUUUGGGGACGAAAGCGACAUGGCACUGUCUGCUCUCGACCUGCCCGGAACACCACACAAAGCAUGGAUGGCGGAGCUGGCGCGACACCGGCUGCGAGCCCUGGCGUUAACGAUGGCCAUGGACCAGCAGCGCGGCGGUAUCCCGUGGAUCUGUCGCGCCGUCGAGGCCGCUGCAACCGUCGAGGAGCUCGUGCUGCAGCUGGUUGUGCGCAUAUGGGACCUUGACGCGUGCACAUACUGGGAGUCCGACUGGUGUGCGCUCGACGAGCUCCUUGCCUCCGACCGGUUGCCCAAGCUCGAGUCCAUCACGAUAUACCUGGACGUCAAGGGCUACACGCGCCCGAAUUCGGAGCGCCAGACGUAUAUCGUGUACGAUGUGCUAUCGCUGCUGCCGCAGGUGCGCGCAUCGGGGCGAGCGUUGACGGUGGAGACCAAACAACUGCAGGAGAAUAGUCUGCUACUGCAGCUCGACCCGUUGUCGAGGUACCAGGAGUAGCAGGACUGUAGAUGAGAGAGCGACUGUGCUCGUAUAUUCAGGGGUCGCAGUGUGUUGGUGAACAUCGAAAUUUCCUGAUUAGUCGCCAAUCCUCAGACUCAUGUCUUUCAUACCCAGAGCAUUUUGAAGAAGGCAACACCAUUGACACGGUUGGGCAGCAAAUUCAUUGCGUGGACGUGAUGAACUAGCAGUGUUCCC